GAUCUCCUAGCAACUGAGUGGCCCCAAUGAAACAAAUUCCUGAGGCUGCGGCAGAGACAGAGACCGCGGCAAAGGCAGAGACAGCGGCCGUGGCUCCACAGGCAGAAAUACUAUGGGAGACCACAAGCUUCCAGGGAGCCAGGCCCGUCGGUCACUUAAGACAGCAUCUCAGGGCACUACUGCCAAGUCUAUAUGGAAAGACUCUUCCAAGUGUUUUUCAAAGCACAAGAGAGAGCAGCUGAAGUUGCCCACCUCCGUGGAGAAGCAACACCGACACUAUGGUAAGGAACGAUCAGGGUCAGAUGACUUCAGAAAAGCCAUGGCAUUGACUGAAGAGAUGACCCCACACAGUGUGGAGAGUCCCCUUUUCCCAACAAUUUCUCACAGAGUAUGUAGUCCCACCGCCAACAAGAAUCAGCAGAAGCCAGCUGAUGAUUCAGGACUGUUAUACCCGCUUUUGACAGUCCGGCCACCACCACGUAGAACCAUAUGGGGCAACAUAGGUACCCGACACAAUCAACAGCUGCUUGCUCCAUGGCCUAGAGGAGAAGAUAAUUCUGCAGACAUACUAAUCAAAAUGCUGGAAACACCAAGAUCUAACCGGAUGCUGGAAAAUAAGUGGCCAUAUUGGGAAGAUCACAGGGAAGCAACCAAGCAGCCCACCACCUCUGCCAAACAGUCUCAAGGAAAAUCUGGUCUGGAACAUCAUAAGCUUCCCUGGUUAUGUGAAGGCACUUGGCUCCAUGACAGCAAACACAGAGGACAGGAUAUGCUUAGCUCUAUUUAUUAUAAAUAUAUAUACAAAGGAGGGAAUGACGAAUGGGCUGAAACAUAUAGAGAUUCCAUGCAGCAUAUUGACACAGGAUAUGAAAACCAAUCAAGCUAUGAAGAGUCACCUGUGAGGAGAACUAAUAUGUGUAAUUUUGACAUCAAGUAUGGUAAGAAAAUGAGCAAAGGGAAGGACAUGCCAUUAUCUAAACAGGAAUCCAGCUUUGUUAUAAAACUCCAAACCCCACCAGAUUUUUACAGAGCCAACAAAUACAGGAAGUAUGAGUCACCAGUUCACCUAGGAACGGAAGAAACUGAUCCCAAUGAACUUGAACUUCAAGGUGCAAAUGCCCGUAAACCAGAGCAGGCCUAUGAACCAACUGACUGGAAGUACUUUAUAAGCAAGGAUGACACUACACCGAGCUCCCUUGAGCAGAUGUUUAUGAAGAAGGGAUGGGGUUAUGAAUGUUCUUCUCCAUCAUCAAAAAUGUUUAGAGAUUAUUAUUGGAUCGUGGAUUCAGAUGAUGAUGACACCGACAAUGAAGAAGAAGAGGAGGAGAAAUUGAAGGAACAGCAGACAGAAAAUAAGUAGAUGACUUUCUAAUUAUAACUCAUCUGGCUAUAUCCAGUUCUCGUUUUACACGUCAAUCAAGGUAUACAUCAUGAUUUAAUUCUCAGUGAGCUUCUGCCUCGCCUCCACAUAAUACAUUACUGUAUCAACCGUAGGAUGAAUAUUCACAUGUACUUUUUCAACAUCUUUGUUGCAUUGAAGAUAUUACAUCAUUACAUCAAACAAUAAUAGGAAUGCAUAAAACUAUAAAUAAAAACAGCUAGUAUUAGGAAGAUCCUGGGAUGACACUAAUAAUGUGAGAAGAAUAUCAAAACACUGAAAUUGCAAGAAUAAAACAGACUUUCACAGUUCUCUGUGGCUGAAAACUUAAUGAACUAACUAGCAAUUGUUUUGUCAACUGUAACUUGAAAUCAAUAGCCAAAUAAAUGUGAAUUCAUCUUCU